AUGCCGGAGGAAAAGGUCGGUUGGAUGCGAAUUGCGCGUCAAAUUGCGCAAUGUCGUAGUAUUACUCUUGAUGACAUCUUAAAAUGGAUGCAAAUUUUACUGAUGGCAAAAUACGCUUUCCACUCUUUUCAUUAUGCAAAGUUCGUUGCGAGGUCCUAA